CAGUAACAACCUUGGAAGUUAAGGUUUUGGUCCACUGGAAUUAAUUCUCACAAGCUUCUUAAGGUUUCCAAAGUUUUAGACUCUAGCAACCACCAAUUCCCAUUGAGCGCAACAUGGCUGCGAGAGUGCUGCUGCGACGGCGUGUCGCCGCGCCGUUCAUGGCUGCUACUCUGGUCGGAGGUGCUCUAUUUCCCUCGGUUGCGCUGGCUGAGGCGCCCUCACACGACUACUCCUCCAAGAAGCCCAUCUACGACGACUACGAGACCUUCUUGCCUCCCAAAUCCGCCAGCUCUACGUCUGCCUCAUCUCCCACCUCCGACAGCAUAUCCCGAGUAUCGUCAUCUACAACCUUAGUCUCCUAUCCAUCAUCCUCCUCCUCCUCCUCCUUGUCUUCCGAAGAGCAUGAAAAGAAACCCCACGGCCCGACGCCAACCGACCGUCUAGCCGUCGAGAUAGGGAAAGCCCGGAUGUUCCUGUACCACUACGCGGCCAGCACCGAGGACGCCGUGAACAGCACGAUCGACUCGGCCUUCCACCUCGAGCGCUCCUUCACCUCGACCAUCGCCUCGCUGGCCCCCGCGCGCGAGACGGGCGAGAAGCUGAUGCCGGGCCUCGUUUACGUGCUCGUCGCCUCCAUGGCCGGCAGCAUCAUCACGCGGAACCGCAACAUCCUCCUGCGCGCCUCCAUGCCCCUCGCCUUCGGCAUCGGCGCCGGCUGGCUCCUCAUCCCCGUCACCAUGACCAACGUCUCCGACCUCCUCUGGAGCUACGAGCGCCGCUUCCCCGCCAUCGCCGACACCCACCUCAAGACGCGGGAGGGCAUCUACAAUGCGUAUAAGUUCGCUAGGGUCCAUGUCGAUGUCGGCAAGGACUACGUUGACUCGACGGUUACUAAUGCGAGGGAUACUGUCGAGGGCUGGGUGAAGAAGGGGAAAUGAGUACUUACUCAGGUACUCAGGUAGGUAUCUGCCUAAUAGAAUAAACGAGCGUGUUUCAUUAGAAACUCAGAAAAGAGAUGGAGAGAGAGAGAAAAAAGGGAAGAAUACUUCCUUGUACCAUAUACAUAUCUAGAUGAAUAGACGCAAAAAAGCUUCUUUUGUUCCAGGUUGAAGGGGACUAUAAAAAGGUGUCUGUCUAGGUAUCUUAGACACAGGAUUUUGUGUAUAGAAAAUCAAUCUCCUUAUCCCAACAUAUCUAUCGAGUCAACUACUACUGGCACUUUCAGCUUGAUGUAGUGGGUUUUGGUCAUGGCAACAACUCACAUUUCCAUGUACAUACCUGUGUUAACGAUCC